AUGGAUAAACCAUUCACCCAACUCUAUGCGAAGAAGUGGCUUCACGGCCGCCCCGAAAAAGAUGUCUACAGACUUCUGAUCGACACAUACCGACUUCGAAUGGAGGAUGAUUACACCAUUAAGGGAGACGUGGAUGAGGACAGUAUCUACAAGGGGAGAGCAAGUGGAGUAAGGGGCUUUCAACGAUUCUUGCGCUUAGCGGAACGGAGAGGACGGGAACUGUUGCCUGACUGGUGGUCUCCUGCCCAGGCUAAGGAAUGUGUAGCCUUGGGUUCCGGACGGGACGAGGAUUACAAUUUGAGACACGCCGUUGAAAAGUCGGAUAUCAUUGAACAGUACGGGGAGCGGCUGAUGCCUAUGCAAUUGCGUAUGCUUGGUGAGCAGAUUUAUGGGACUGGCCCGAGCGGAACAUCUGGGGCUGGUAUGCUGCAAAUGCAAAUGGAGGCUGAGAAUGGAAGCGGCUCUCUCGAUUCAAUUUUGGAUAUGAGCCCGCUUCUGAAGAGUUUCCCAGGGUCCAGCCUCUGA